AUGGCGCCCCUCCUCGCCCUCCUCGCCCUCCUCCCCGCGCUCGCGAGCGCGCAGCACGCGCGAACCUUCACGGUCCGCAACUCGUGCUCGCAGACCCUCUGGCCGUCGUUUGCCGGCUCGGCCAAGCUCGACCAGCCCAGCAUCUGGGAGCUCGGCGCGGGCCAGACGACAGUCUUCAACGUGCCCGACAACUAUCCCGGCAUGCGCCUCUGGGCGCGCACGGGCUGCGUGGCGUCGGCCUCGUCGUCCAAUGGGCUCAAGUGUACCUCUGGUGACGACCUUCCCUCGACCCUGGCCGAGUUCACCCUCUCCACGACGGGCAGCUGGACGCUCGACUUCUACGAUAUUUCGCUUGUCGACGGCUUCAACGUCCCCAUCGCCAUCACGCCGUCACGUACCGACUGCCACGCGCCGAAAUGCGCCGCCAACAUCAAUGCCAUCUGCCCGCCCCAGAUGCGCUCCCACGUCGACAGCGACGGCGUCAACCACGCCUGUGCCGGCGCCUGUCUGUCCGGCUUUGGCGACGAGCUCUGGGGUAACCGCGACUGCUGUACCGGUGCCUAUGGCGCCGACGCCGCCCUCUGCGGCAUCUCCGGUGUCGACUUUUACCACGUCUUCAAGGACAACUGUCCCGACUCGUACGCGUACGCCUAUGAUGAGCAGUCUGGUGCUGCCCUCUACGCAUGCGACACGAAGCAGGGUGCGCCAGACUACGACAUCGAGUUCUGCCCCGGCAAUGCCGACUUCACCGGUGUCGUCAACGCUCCCCUCAAGUAUGCCAACGACUUCGCCAGCGUCCACAACAAGGCUACCACCUGGAGCCAGUCGUUCACUAUCCGUCCCAGUCCUACCCUCCCGGCCGGCGUGAGCGCUCCGACUGCCGCCGCCACCACGGCCGCCGCUAGCUCGAGCGCCGUCGCUACCCCUUCGGCUGUCCCCGUGCCCAGCGCUGCGCCUACAUCGGACGCUGCCGCCUCGACCGCUGCCGCUGCUCCUUCGGAGAUCGCUUCAUCGGCCGUCUCUGAUGCCUCUCCUGCUGUCCCCACGUCUGUCGUCGUCGUCCCCACCGCUGCUCCUUCCGACGUCCCUGUCUCCGCCCCUGCUGCCCCCGCCGCCUCGGACGCCGCGUCUCCCGCCAGCGUCAUUAUUGGCACCCCCGUCGCUUCUGAUGCUCCCUCUGUCCGUGUCUCGUCGGCCGCUGCUUCCGCCGCCGAUUCUGACGCCCCUGCCGCUACCUCCGACUCCCCUGUCGCCGCUGUUUCUGAUGCUCCUGCGGCUGCCUCGGGCUCGCCUGUCGUCACUGCGUCGGACGCCCCUGCGAUUGCCUCUGAAGCUCCGGUCGUCGCCGCCUCCGGCGCCGCUGCCACUGCUGCCUCGGACACCCCCGUCGUUGCUGCCUCGGACUCGCCCGUCCUCGCCGCCGCCUCUGGCUCGCCCGCUGCCGCUGCUGCCUCGGUCAUUGCUGGCGCUACUACCGCUUCUGCCGCUGGCGGUGUCGCUGCCCCGGCGCAGAGCAAGCCCGCCACCAGCCACGCUCACAAGCACCACAAGUGCCACUCGCGUCCCGCCCGUCUUACGGCCCGGGCCAAGUUCUAA